AUGGACUUCUUCAAAAGGGGGCCCCCGGGGGCCCCCAGCAGCGCCGGCGGCCGCUCCGCUUCCGCCGGCGCCUUCCGCCCGCCCCGCCCGCUGCUGCGCAGCUCCAGCUCUCCCCUGGAGGGCUUUGAGUCUCUGCAGCAGCAGGCGAGCGUUUGCUGCGCUGAUCAAGCAGCAGCAGCAGCAGCAGCAGCAGCAGCAGCGGCAGCAACGCCCCUCUUCUACUCCCUCGAGGCCUCUCCCGCCGCUAGCUGGGAAGCUCAGCCUGCUGCUGCUGCUGCUGCUGCAGCACGUUUGUCUUCGCCUCUAGACAGCUACAUUCUGCACCCGGUGGCCUCCAGCCCUGCGGAGUUCAGUUCGGAGAGGCCCCGCAGCAGCUCCCCUGCUGCUGCUGCUGCUGCUGCUGCUGCUGCUGCUGAUGAUGCAGCAACGGCGAGGGGCCAGUCAGCGCCUGAGACCUGCUGCGCCACCGAUGCUUCCAGCAGCAAACUACAAGUCGCUGCCCCCUUCAGCGACAUCCAACAGCAGCAGAAGCAGCAGCAGAAGCAGCAACAGCAGCAGCAGCAGCAGCAGCAGCAAGGUGGCCCUGUGCUUGUCCGCUGCACUUCAGGGCCCAUUAGCCACUCAAGAAGCCCCUCAACAGAGCAUUUGUCUCUUUCCCGCGAAGCAGCAGCAACUGCAGCAGACGCAGCAGCAACUGCAGCAGCUGCUGCAGCAGCAGCUGGUGCUGCAGCAGGUGCUGCUUCGGGCUACGCCCACCAAGAAGCAGCGCAGCAGCUGGGCUUUUGGGGGCCUAAACAGGACUUAUCCGCAGCUAUUCAUGCCCAUCAUUCGCUGCAGCAGCAGCAGCAGCAGCAGCAGCUGCAGCAGCAGCAGCAGCAGCAGCAAGAGGCAUCCCCUUCCUCUCUAGCCUGUCGCAUGCGGCUUGAAGCCAGCCGGCCGCCUCGGGCCUUUCAGCGGGCCGCUUGGGCCUCCUUGUCUCGCUCAGAGUCAGCUGAAGAAGGUUUUGCUGCUGCUGCUGCUGCUGCUGCUGCUGCUGGGGGCGGCAGCAGCAGCAGCAGCAGAAGCAACAGCAACUCCCCUCGCAGCGUCCGCGCGGCUCACCUGUCGCUGCCCACAAUGCCCCCCGUGCCCCCCCCAGAGGGGCCCCCCGGGGGGCCCCCCGGGGGGCCCCCCGGGGGCCCCCCAGGGGCCCCCUUGGGGCCCCGAGUGACCUCAAGAGUGGGUCUAAAGUGCCGGCAGCAGCUAAGCAGUUUGCUGCGCUCUGUGUCUUCCCCAGCUUUGGCCUUCAGUGGGCCUUCUCAGGCGGAGAAGGGCUGGCGAGGGGGGGGUGGUUCUGUGGCUUUUGCGGGCAAAGAAGCAGCAGCAGCAGCAGCAGCAGCAGCAGCAGCAGCAGCAGCAGCAGCAGGGGGGGGAGAGGGGGCAGUGGGGAGCCGCCGUGCCGCUGCGGCAGACUUCUCCGGCGCAGCCGCUGCAGCACCUGCUGCGGACGCCGCUGCAGCUGCUGCUGCUGCUGCUGCUGCUGCGGACGCUGGAGCAGCAAGCUUCAGCAGCAGCAGCAGCCGCAGCAGCAGCAGCGGGAGCUCGCUGCAGCAGGCGGGCGGUGGGCGCCGCCGGGCGUGGGGUGUACGUACAGCUGACACUUCUUCUUGGCAUUCUUUUAAUUCUUCUUCUCCAGUUUUUAACUUCAGCAGAAUUUCAAGAAACUCUUUCCACCCGGGGGGCCCCCCGCAGCAGCAGCAGCAGCAGCAGCAGCAGCAAGGGGGGCCCCCCAGCUUCAGUUCGCUGCCGCUGAGCAGCAGCAGGCGCUGCUCCUCAGACGUCGACUCCGCAGCAGACACAGCAGCAGCAGCAACAGCAGCAGCAGCAGCGCCUGCUGCAGCUGCUGCUGCGCAGCAGCAAGACGGCUCCCGAAACGCAGAAGGGCCUGCUGCAGCAGCUGCUGCAGACGGCAGCAGCAGAUCUCUUCCCGCUGCAGUUGACAAGGGCCCCAAUGAGCUCUUCCGCAGGCCAGCAGCAGCAGCAGCAGCAGCAGCAGAAGCGGGGCCGGCAGCAGCAGCCUCGGGCGCCACCGCAGAAGCAGCAGCAGCAGCAGCAGCAGCAGCAGCAGCAGGGGGAGUUGAAAUGGAAGGAUUUGUGCAGGGAGUCCAGAGCUGCCUCUCCAGACUUAUUAAAAACUUUCCUCCAGGUUAUGAACUUCAUAAUGGAUAUGGGGCCCUUUCAGUACCCUCUUAUUGGCUAGCUGAGGGCCCCUGGGGGCCCCCCCCGCUGCUGGGGGCCCCCGCAGCAAGCAGCAGCACCAGCGCGCCCGGCAGCUGGAGAGAGACUGCAGCAGCAGCACGCAGCAGCAGCAGCAGCAGCAGCAGCAGCAGCCAGCAAGCAGAGCCCGCCAGCAAGCCGGCAGGGCCAGAUGCCGACGCUGCUGCUGCUGCUGCUGCUGCUGGUGCUGGGACGGCGGGGUCUGCUGCUGCGUCGUCUGUUGCUGCUGCGGGCUGCAGCAGGGAAGCAGCAGCAGCAGCAGCAGCAGCAGCAGCAGCAGCACGAAGACAGGAGUUGGGUCUGGAUAUUGUGUUUGCUUUAGAUGCUGCGCCUUCGGAAACUUCUGCUGCUGCUGCUUCUUGCUUCUACUCUGUGGAAGCAGUUGUGGGCCGUGGGGCCCACGGCGCUGUCUUCCGGGCCAAGCGCUUCACCACCACGCAGCAGCAGCAGCAGCAGCAGCAGCAGCAGCAGCAGCAGCAGGAGUCGGCGUCAGGGUCUUCUGGCUGCGCCUCUGGCGCAGCAGCAGCAGCAGCUGCCGCCGCCGCAGCGCCGCCCCCCCUCCCCCCUGCCGCGGCCAACAGCAGCAGCAGCAGCAGCAGCAGCAGCAGCAGCAGCAGCAGCAGCAGCAGCAGCAGCGAGGAAGUGGAGGUGGAGGAGGACGAAGUGGCGCUGAAGAUAAUAGACCUGGACGGGGCGCUGCGGACGCAGUGUACAGACACCGCAGCGCGGCGCUGCUUGCUGCAGCAAAUCCGCGCAGAAGCAAAACUGCUGCAGCAGCUGCAGCACGAAAACUUGCUGCAGUGCCACGAGGCCUUCCAGUGGCCUCCUUGCUUCUUCGUGAUGGUCACUGAGUUCCUUCCGGGGGGUUCUUUGCGGCAGCUUUAUAAGUCCGCGGGGCCCCUCCCGGAGACAGUCAUUGCCGGAGUUCUCAAAGAUGUGGUGGCAGCUCUUGCGUAUUUGCAUUCUGCGGAAUUCGACGAAGACGGAAACUGCAGCAAGCAGGUGUACAUACACCGCGACGUGAAGGCCGCCAACAUUUUGCUGACGGAGUCCGGCACUGCAAAGUUGAUUGAUUUUGGCAUUUCCAAAGUCGGAGAAUGGGACUCCGAGUUCGCGGGCACUCCGCAGUGGAUGGCCCCGGAAGUGGCAGCUUUAUUUUUUCGCCGAAGUUUCCGACAAUUGGACUCCAAAGAAAAAAAUGCCAAAGAGGAAAUGGGGGCCCCCGGGGGCCCCCUAGGGGCCCCCGGGGGCCCCCUAGGGGCCCCCGGGGCCCCCGGGGGCCCCUAUGGGCCCCCCGUGGACAUUUGGUCUUUGGGCAUUACUGCCUACGAACUCGCCAUGGGCUGUUUGCCCUGGCCCAGCAAAAUAAAACUGGAAAAGCUCAUGCACAUGAUCGCCUACGGCCCGGCUCCGCGCAUAAACUUGAACGAGGGAUUUGAAAAGUCUUUUUGUUAUUUUGUGGAAAAGUGUUUGCGAAAAAACGCCAAAGAGAGGGGAACUGCUGCUGAGCUGCUGAAGCACGACUUUCUGACGAGUGAGUUUCGCUUCCGGUGUCUGACCACUUCAAAUUUUCAAAUUUGA